AUGGGGGUUGUUGUAUCAAAGAACGCGGUCAAACCAGUAACAGCAGCGAUGCCAACAAACUACGAAAUUUCGGGGGCUGUUAACUACAACACGUCUGAGGCUACAUACAACACUGCCGCCUUUGAUGCACCAGUUAUUGAUAAUAUUGGCAGACAAAGUGUGAUACUGUCUUAGACAGAAACAAAUUUAUAUUCAACAGAGAGUUACUAAGCGAUGUAAAAUUUGUUGUUCCAGUGUCAAACGGCAAGAGGCUGGUGAUUCCAGCUCAAAAGUUUAUUCUUGCAAUCAGCAACCCUGUGUUGUGUGCCAUGUUCUAUGGUCCAGUGGCGGAAACUAAAAACUCUAUUGAUCUAUCUCACUAUGAGUACGAGAGCCUGUUGGAGUUGCUUCGUUUUUUGUACUACGAGGAAGUA